AUGAAAGGUGAUCCUAGGUUCAACCCUCGUGGUCUGCUUGAACCUGCUGCUCGCGGCUCAAAAGAGCUACAGAGACUGUUCUUCUUCGGCCCUGCAAAAGACGAUCAAAUGCCCGCCCUCAAAUCUCAUUACAAGUGGGGCGCCGAGCUCACUAUCCCAAGUCAUGAGGCAAAUGCCAGUGGUUUUGGUGGCUUCCAAACGAGUUACUUUCAUGGGGAUGCGGCCAUGAAGACCGAGUCAGAGGAAGGCUGGGACUGGUAUCAUAAAGGUGGUAAGGACAGCUUUGCAAAAAAUCAGCAGUCGAUCAGUCUGUCUUCUCAAAAGGCCCGCCCCUACAUAUCACCCGCUGCACUCGGAACAUGUAAGCUGCUCAUGGGUCCAUACAAACGCCAGUCUCUUCUCGAGCUCGACCUUCACACAAGUCUUGAUCUAAACGAUUCAUGGGCACCAAAGCCCACAUCUGCUGACGCCCCACCGCCAUCUCAGGAUGCAAAGUCACGAAGAAACGGGUGGAUGCUCAACCUGGGCGAGAAGGUACAGCACCUCGAAUGGGUGCCAAACAUCCAGGGCUCUCGACAGUUUCUAGCCGUCACAACUUCUCCAUUGAUAGGCUCAACCCCAGAGGAACAAGAGUUCAACGCACCUUAUGCACCAGCUUUCGCUCCGCGUCCACCAACCAAGUCAUCUAUACAGAUCUGGGAGUUUCGCGCCGCUCCUGAUGGUCGCAUAGACUCUGCGUGCACUCCAAUGCUUCGGAAAGUCAUAUGCUCAGAGUGGGGCGAUGUUAAGCUAUUCAAAUGGUGUCCCAUGCCUCGAAACUUUCCAACCCAACAUGCAUCCGGAAAGAGCAACCUUGGCCUGCUAGCUGGGAUCUGGGCAGAUGGCGCAUUGAGAGUACUGGAAGUCUUCGUCGAAGAUCCUGAGGUCGCUGAGACAGAAUACGAUUUGAUCAGAAACGCUGCUUUUACAGCCCAACCACCCAACACUAUCUGCACUUGCUUGACAUGGCUAAGCUCGAAUAGCAUUAUUGCUGGCUGCGCUAAUGGUUGCGUCGGUGUCUGGAAUAUUCCUACUGCACUGCAGUCCAGAUCUAUGGGCGAUCAACGUGCACCGACUGCAGAGCCUGUCAUGUUCUCCCCCAUAUCGCCAACCUACAUACUCAACGUCACGACCUGCUAUCCAUCACGACCAAACAUCAUGAUAACGUCUUCCAUGUCAGGCCAUAUCCAGAUGACAGACCUAAUGGAGAUGACUUCCAAGGCAACCAUGAGCCCAGCAGCGACAGUUAGAGCCAGCCGUUCACGCGUGGGAAGAUCUGUUCUCGUGUGGCACGAGUUCGCCCAGGUUGUCCUUACGGUUGAUGACAACUUCACCCUUAUUGCCUUUCCAAUUCGCCGGUUCUUCCGCCAAAUCUCGUUCACGCGUUAUAAGAGUUCCGUGGCGUGUCUUGCCUACAGCCCUGUUCAUCCGUUCGUGAUGGCAGGAUGCGUUGGUGGUGAAGCGAUCAGCAACAAUCCUCUCCGUCGUGCCUACGAAAACAAAGUCCCGAUCUGGAACCAGACGUGGUUUACGCAUGAGUGGAGGCAAUGCAAGAUCGAGGAGCCUGCUACCGUUGGCGCUUCCGAUGGUGACGAAGUCAUGGCUGAUGAAGCAGCGGAACCGGAGGAGCAAGUAACGAGCACAGAAAAGGAGGCAGUUCCGACACCGCAAGAAAUCAGUCGGAUACUGGAAGGUUUCAAGUGCAAGGAGAUCAAACUCUUCAACACAGAAGAUGCCUUCACUCAUAGGGAGAAUGGAGCGGUAUACUCCACCGUUUACGAUUUGAAGACGACUGUCAGCUCGAUGGCUUGGAAUCCGAACAUUCAUGUUGGUGGAUGGAUUGCUGCAGGAAUCGCGAAUGGUCUGGUCAGAGUGGAAGAUGUUGCCUCAUGA